AUGUCUUGUCAGCAUGAUCACAAGAACGACGUCACCGUUCGUAUAGUUAAUAUUUUAGCCGAAGAGCGCGGUCGCAUUUCUCUCCAUAGACACCCUUUUCACACCCUCUACCUUUUUAUACGCUACCUUAGCUCCUGGGUGAGGCAAGUCCUAAGCUAUUUAUUGAGGAACCCGCUAUUGUACUAUAUUUAUAUUCCCCUCAUUGCCGGUUUCCUGGGGUUCUCUUUAUAUGGGUGCCCCUCCUUCACGGAGCAUAUUUUCACGGUUCUAGAUACCGAACAUCACGGACAAAUAACCGGAGAAAACCUAGAGCGAUACUAUUCACACAUUUUGGGAUGGAAGCCCGGUGCCGGCCACCAAGCCGCUUUCACAUUUCCGAACGGUGUAAAGGCGCUCACAGCACCACAAUUCGAACGAUGGUGGCGUCAGACGAAAGAUUUAUAUCGCCAAGAUGUGUAUUUCAGCCACGGAUGGUGGCGGGAGGUGGAAUAUUAUGUGGUGGAUGUACUUUAUUGGGUGGUUCUCGGGGUUUUAUCCUCCGCGGGGUUCGGCACGGGCAUGCAUUCGGGGCUUUUAUUUCUAUUUCCACACAUCUAUCUGACGCGUGCGGCCGGGACUCGGUGCGGGAAUACGCAGUUUUGGAAUUAUCCGGUCAACCCCUUGUAUGGGCCCCGUGAGCGGGUAUUCCUCUGCAUUUCCCCCAAUAUCGACGCUACCGACGGAUUAGCGCCAUCAAUCCUCGACUGCGUGCGCAAGGUGCUGCCGGCCUGCGUGGCUUGGGGGUUCGGUACGGCACUCGGCGAGUUGCCACCCUAUGCCCUGAGCUAUGCCGCCGCCAAACAAGGACGAAAACAACACGAACUCGAGCAGGUAUUCUCCUAUAAUAUACUAAACUACAUGAAGGACUGGACGCUGCGCAAUAUCAAGCGAUAUGGGUUCUUUGCCGUGCUUUUACUCUCGGCGUGGCCAAAUAUGGCGUUCGACCUGUGCGGUAUGGCCUGCGGGCAAUUUUUGAUGCCCUUUUGGACAUUCUUCAUUGCCACUGUUAUUGGGAAGGCUUUGAUUAAGGUAACCCUCCAGUCUGUGUUUUUCGUAACCCUUUUUUCGGGUCAUAACGUAGAGAAUUUUAUUUUUUGGUUAGGCGACAAAGUGUCAAGCAUGCUUCCUGCGAGAAUUCAUGUAAAUGAGUUAGUGAAUAAAACCGUUGGUACCGUCGUGAAAGCUCGCGAGAGCAUUGCAAGUCGUGCCAUAGGCAACCUGACUUUGGAGGAUAGAACCUCCACUACAGAAGAAUCACCCAUUCUUAUGCUUUUUAACUUUGUGAUGAUAUUGGCUGUCGGGUUAUUUACGAAGUCGAUUGUUGAGUCAUUUGCGGUUUUGGUACAGGAGAAGGAUGAUAAAAAAAUUUUAGAUAUAGUCAGAGAUCUACUAAAGGGAGAGUUUUCCACAAGGAAAUCCUCCAACUUCAGCGACAAAGAACUGCAGUGCCUUCUAUAUGACGCUAAAAAGCGAGCAUACUCUAAUAGGCACAAGCCUCAUGCCCCAGACUUGAAGAAUUCAAAAGUGUCGUAUCCAUCGCCAUUUAAAGCUCUUUCUUUCAAUUUUAGCGUGCCUCUGGGUAUUAAAAUUUCCAUCUUGUUGUUGGUAUUUGUCUGGAGCUUCGUAUCCGGCAAUGAAGUCGCGUCCAUGUUGGGCACUUUAUUGCUGUUCCACACGUUCCUAUGGUGUAAAUUUUUUACCAACCAUGUCAGCAAGUGGGUUCUUUACCCCGUUCGUGCGUUGACGGUUAUUGCAGUAAUAUAUAUAUGCAUCUUGUGA